UGCUGCUAACAGCUACCAGCCAAGUCUCUGGAGUUAGCAAGGGGGCUAGCCAUGAGCUAACAAGUAGCUAGCUGAGUCUUUCCAUUUUGCCACCAUAAUUCAGCAUUCGUCAAGCGUCUUGCCAAGGUGAAUACUCUUUAAAUUACCGGAAUUAUCAUCUGGCACUUUGUUGCAGCUGGAAACCUCGGACUGACUUUUGCGGUUUUCAUUUCACAAUCCUUCCCUCCACCUCCGGCUGCACGUUGAACUUCCUCCCUUUUACACUCGGAUCUCUUACUACACAGAGCCAUGGCAGCUGCUAAGCCAAAAGGGCAGAACUCUCUAGCCCUUCACAAAGUGAUUAUGGUGGGCAGUGGAGGAGUGGGGAAAUCAGCCCUAACUCUCCAGUUCAUGUAUGAUGAGUUUGUUGAAGACUAUGAGCCCACCAAAGCAGACAGUUACAGGAAGAAAGUGGUGCUGGAUGGAGAGGAGGUCCAGAUCGACAUCCUUGACACAGCUGGACAAGAGGACUACGCAGCCAUACGGGAUAACUACUUCCGCAGUGGCGAGGGUUUCCUCUGUGUGUUUUCCAUCACAGAACUGGAAUCAUUUGCAGCAACAGUAGACUUCAGAGAGCAGAUUCUGCGAGUGAAGGAGGAUGAAAACGUGCCCUUCCUCUUGGUCGGUAACAAGUCAGACUUGGACGACCGACGGCAGGUCAGUGCGGACGAGGCGAAGGCACGCGCCGAGCAGUGGGGCGUAUGCUAUGUGGAGACUUCUGCCAAAACCCGUGCCAACGUUGACAAGGUGUUCUUUGACCUGAUGAGAGAGAUCCGGGCAAGGAAAAUGGAGGACAGCAAAGAGAAGAACGGGAAGAAGAAAAGUAAAAGUUUGGCCAAGAGAAUUAGAGAGAGAUGCUGUAUUUUAUAGUGGUAAGAGAGAGCAGGAUAGCUGCUUAUGUACAUAUACAUUUCUCAGACUUUUGCAUUUAUUUUGUGCCCAUACCUGACCAUGACUUUCUGUUCCUGGCUAACGGGACAUCUGACCGUGUGUCAGGUAGUAGUAAGGUGGCACUCCAUACACCAUUUAUAGCUCUAACUUUUUAUGUGCUGACACUCCAAAUAAUUUAUGUACUCUCUCUCUCUCUCUCACUCUGACCACAUUACAGAGUGUAAUAAAUGGAUGGUGUUUUAAUUUAGGCCUAAGCUUGACAAAGAGGCUGAGCCCUGAAAUGUUACAAAACCUUUCAUUGUAAAGUUUGAUGUGUGUAAUAUAUUCAGACAACUGUGCAGUUCAGCGGAAAAGAUGAAAGUGAAGGUGUCAGAGCCAAGGUUUAAAUGGGGAAGAUGUAACUGGAGUUUGGGUAGGAAACGUAAGUUAACAGACUCAGCAGUGUAGUGUCAACCCAGAAUUCAUCAAGUGCCACCGAGGAAAUGUACAUUGCACUGGUGAAUCUAUGAAACAUUUUAAUUGAAAGAUUGUCGCGUUUACUAAGUCGGAGCCGAAAUUUGAUGCCAUUCCCAUUUGUCGUUUUACACCUCGAUUUUACUACGUGGUAUAGUUAUGAACACUUAUUUUUAUCUGUGAAAUCAAACUCUUCUUUUCUCCUCUAUCAUAUCAACCAGUGUAAGACGAGCGCACUAGUGUUUUUAUUUUUUCCCCCUUUCGCGUCACUUUGUUGAGUCUUCUCAAAUGCACAAACGACAUUGAUCAUUGCCCUUAAAUCUGUGAGGGAUUUUACAACACUUGAACUUUUUUCAAAUCUAACAUUUCAGAAAUUUUACCUCGCUCGGCUAAUGGCAUUCAUUGCCUUUUUUUGUUUUGUUUUGUUUUUCUUGCAACAAAGGAAUCCCUGGUGCUCUGAUAAAAGGUGAUUCCAUAACACUACAUCCUUUACACCCUUUCUGAACACAUCUUAAAGUUGAUAAAAUAAAUAGCUUCCAGUCAUGUAAAGAUUUCUUUUGCCAAUUUUACUUUUCCUGGCUCAGGCUUUUAAUCACCAACCUUGUUUUCCCCUCCUUUUUUUCUACUUAAUUUAUUUCUCAAUAGGGAUUUACGAGGGAAUAAAUUAAUGGAUAGGUGAGUUAUAAGGCAUGAAAUAUAAGAAAAUGAAUGCAGGCAUGAUAGAAAUACGGUGAUACCUGUCCAAAAAGGUUGCUGUCAGUCACCAAAGAAAAAUGCUAGCUAGUACAAACAAGUGCCCGCUUCUUAAUGGAAAUGACAACUUGCUAUAGUGAGCAUGAAAAGUAAGCACUGCGGUGUUUGUGUAAAACUGACGAUGGCAGAAGUUGAAGGGGAGCUUAAACAAUGUCAUUCUGACUGGCCUAGGGUAGAAAUGCAAGGUUAUGAGAGAUUUAAUAAUUCAUGUACAGUGCAUCACUGUUGCCUCUCUGUCCAUUGUGAAUGUGAAUAAUCCCUGAACCCAACCUGUUUGCCUGUAAUCUUAGGCUGCCGAUGAUGUGCAGAGUUUAGAGGUCAUUGACAUUCUGCUUUGUUUACCUUGUGUCAGGCUACCCGGUGUUAUAAAGCUGUAGUAAAACCUUAAUGAAUUCCCUCAUCUGUUCAUUUGAUCUAGAUUUAGUAAUACUUUCACUGGCAAGUUGGGUUGAAGCAGUGUAAAAAAAAAAAUUGGCAAAAUGAGAAUGCUAUACAUGAUGAUAGACCAAAACACACUGUGAAAUCUGACCCUCCAUUCUCUUAGUUUCCCUUUGCGACUGAGCCACUCAAUUUUCUAACCACAAAACUUAUAACUUAAUAAAUUAACUUAUUUUAUUAUUUUCAGCCGUUUUUAAAGUCUGACGACUGUCCAGAGGUUGUUGCCACAUUUCAUGCUGAUCCAGUUUAAGUCCUUCAACGCGAGAGUAAAUGUGUGUGAGCAGCAGCUGCUCACCAUUUACACUGAAGCAGGUCCUCAACCAAUAGGACGCCCAACACUGGAGUCUAUGCAAAAAUGAUCGUUGUAAUUGCAAAGAGGAUGAGAAUAUGAAACUAUUCAAAACAUUGUCAGUGUCUGUAAACUACUUUUAACAAGACUGAGUGCAGUAGAAGCAUUUAAGCUGUUUAGAGAUCUGACCACAGCUCAGAAAACCCGACAUCAUUCAAAGAUUGUGAAUCGUUUUGUAGUUCAAAAAUACUUAAAGGGCCAGUAUGUAGGAUUUAGGGGAUCUAUGGGCAGAAAUGGAACAUAUUAUGCACAGGUAUGUUCUCAUUACUGUAUAAUCACCUGAAAAUAAGAAUUGUUGUUUUCAUUAACUUAGAAUGAACUCUUUGUAUGUUUCUACGGUAGCCCAGAACAGACAAACCAAACACUGGUUUGAGAGAGCGCCUUUUGUGUUUUUAGCAUCCAGUGUAUUGCAAUCUGCAACCUCACCGCUAAAUGCCACAAAGUCCGACAGACUGGUCCUUUAACGUUGUCUCAUUGAUUCCCUGGUUUAAUACACAAACACGAAAGAAUCCCUGGCUUUGAUUACGACCUUUGUUUGUCACAUAGUUCAGUGUCCAUUGUACAAAAAGACAGUAAUGCAAAAGAAUGUCUGUGAUAUUUCUUCUUAACUGAAAAGCACACAGUGGAGAGAGUGAAGAGUUUAAAGAUGGGAGGGUGAGACGGAAUAUAUGAGGUGAAUUUGAACCCAAAAUGUUAGCACGCCACGGCAAGAGAAUGUUUGGAAAGUAGUUUGGGUUAAUAUGUUCUAAGGGCUAACCUCCAGUACACCAUACCAUAAUUGAGACACCCCUGAAAGUUGAUGCGACAGGCACGGAAACUGACAUAAAGUGUAAGAAUCACAGUCUGUUGAGGCAUACCUUCCUUAGCUUAUAGCCAUUACAUUUACUGCUGUGUCUCCAUCGUUGAGGAUUGCAGAAGCUACUAUAAAGUGACCACCAUAGUGCUUGCUUACUCUAACAUUGGCUUAACACGGUAUAAUUCUUGUUUCAGUGCUUUUCAGGAGCAUAUUCAUAAUUAUUCUACUUUUCCUCUUUGUCUUCACGUAUAAUUUAAAGGACUUGAUGGCCCAGAUAUUUUCAGCAGGAUUUAAAGGGUGAUAAUAAAACAGAUAUUUGUGUGAAAGCUAUGAGCAAACUGUCCUACUGGGUAUUCAAAUAACCUGUUUUGCCUUUUAUAUAAAUACCCUUGGAAUAAAAAAAAGGUAUCAAUGUCUUUGAUUGGAUGGUUGUAUGUAUGCCAUCAAUUAAAUGUUUCCUUCAUGUUUACUUAUUUUGAACAUAACCACUAAUGUAGCCUAUCUGUUUGUGAAUGCAAGAGGUGAAGCUUACAUUUCAAUUCAUUUUUUGUGAGUUAUUUGGAAAUGGCAAAUAAAGUGGAUAUUACUAAUAAUAUUUUCCAAAUGUAUCCAGA